UUUGAAAAGUUGUGUUCUAAAAGAAUUUUUGUUUUCAUUAUCUAUGAGUAGCCAGAUUAGAUUUUUUCAAUAUCUGACUCAUACGUCGUUUAGUUUCAUAUUGUAUAUAAUAUUCAGCAUUUUUCAAUUGGAGAACUGAAAAAAAACAGCUCGUCUUAGCUUUAAAAUGCUUUACCAUAAAUUCAACAAAGGGAUCUGGUUCCUUGUCGCAGGAUGUCUGCAACUGGUCUGUAUUGCGGUUCUCUCUGGAUCCAUCGCAACUACAAAGUACAAGAAAGAUGCCGCAAUGCACUAUGGACAGUUCAUAAAGUGUCCUUCGUCUGGACCCCCUGGCUGCGCAAACGUGACCGAUCUGGCGAUUCUGGAGGUGUCCAAGGUGGCCACGGCAAUCCAGUAUUGCCUGGCAGUGUUCCUCUGCUCGUAUUUGUUUCAGUUUGGAAUCCUGAUUCUGACAGGCAGUGCUAAGUAUUACUUCUCGGCAGAGGUGCAUCACCACGUGUUCAACUUCAUGAUUGUCCUGUCCUACAUUCAGUCGGCAUGUGGCUUCUUCGGCCCAGUGCUCGCCACCUGGUGUUUCAAUGACGAAAUGGAAGACGCCGACUGGGGAAUAUCUAUGGCACUGCAUUGGGUCCAGAUGCCGUUCUCCUUUUUCAGCUUCGUUGUUGUGUUCUUAACGCCGAUGUACACAAAAGACGAAGACUUCGUAGAUGAUAAUGAAAUUCAGAAGGUGUAAAGGACAAAUUAGCCGACGAGAAACUCUGUACAGUUUAUACAUUAAAACAUCAUACAAGGAAACAAUGAUUUAGAAUCAGAUAAAAAUGAUUCUAAACUAAUAAUGAUCUGUAGUUCCCAUUUCUUAGUAGAUACACAAAUGCGUGAGAAUAUGUAACUGCUUGGUAAAUAGAAAUUUUAUGGUUUC